CGAAUGAACACGAGAGACGACGCGACAUUCAGCGAGGUCCGGUCGCCCACGGUGGCCAAGGAAGCCAAGCCGACGCCGGUCCAGCACCCGCUCGCCACUUCAAGCUACGUUUCGAUCUUUCUCAUGGCGUGGCUUGAUGGCCUCAUUCGCCGCGGCGCCAUCUCGCCGUUGGCCGAGGCGGACAUUUGGCCGGUGCGCGACGCCGACACGGCCGCCGCGCUCAACCGCCGCUUCACCGCCGCGUGGGCCGCGGCCGGCGACAAGCCCGAGUUCCACAAGGUCAUCUGGGCCACGCUGCGCCGCGAGAUCUACGCAUCGCUUUUCAUCUACAACGUGUAUGCGAUCCCGAUGCUCGCGCAACCCGCGGUCAUCCACUCGCUAUUGCAGUUCUUAGCGCACGACCCGGCGACCGGCCCGCUCUCGACUGUGAUUGGCAUCUCGUCCGGCUACGGCCUCGCGGGGCUGCUCACAGGCCUCUCGUUUCUCUCGGUCACCAUCAUCGACUUUGGCCAGUACGUCACGUCCAUGAUGGGGUGCCACGCCAAAGCCAUCGUCAUGGACGUCGUGUACCAAAAGAGCCUCACGCUGCCAUCGCGCCACCUCGUCUCGUCCGGUGAUGUCGUGACGCUCGCGGCCGUCGACUCGGAGCGGCUCUUCCAGGGCUUCAUGCUUGGCACGUGGGUGGUGGCGGCGCCCGUUUCGCUCUUUGCGCUCUACGUUCUCAUCGGGUUUGAGAUGGGCGUCGUCGUCGGUGUCGUCGGCGGCAGCACCAUGUUUCUCAUGUUGUACCUGGGCCACGUCUCGGCCAAGUACGUUGGCGUCGCGCGCAACGAGCUCCUGCAAGUGCAAGCCGAGCGCGUCAAGCUCACAAACGAGCUCCUCCAGGGCGUCCGUGUCGUCAAGAUGUACGCCUGGGAGAUGGACAUGGAAGCGGCUAUCGAUCGCAUUCGCUUGAGCGAGCUUCGGUGGCUGCAGACGUACCAGAGCCGCCGCCUCUUCAACACGAUUGCGCUCACGAUCGCGCCGAUUCUGUCGCUGGCGCUCUGCCUCCUCGUCUAUGUGGCGCAGGGCUACACGCUUACGCCAUCGAGAGCGUUCACGCUCCUCGCCUAUAUGAACGUCGCGCGGCUGCCGUGCAUGACCUUCUCCAACGCAAUCUUGUUUGUUCAAGAAGCCAAGACGUCGUGCGACCGCAUCGGCAAAUUUCUCCACCUCGCCGGUCUCGAGGCGCGGGACCAAGCAGUGCACGCGCAGCAUAUUCCCGUGGUCGAGAUCACGGACGGCGACUUUGCCUGGUCCGACCAGAUUCUGGUGAUGGCCGACGGUCGUGUGGCCGAGUACGGCCCCCCGAGCGAAUUGCUCGCGAACGAAGAAGGUGAGUUUGCGCAGCUGGCCAAGCAGGCGCAGCUAGCUUGAUUGUGAAAAGCAAUCAUUCGCGAUUCGAAGAGUGCAAUUCGUUUGGAGCACUAAUUUGUUGCUGGUGGCAUCGAUAUGAUGCUAUACCGCC